AGUAUGCCUCCUACCGGACGCGGAUUCACGUAUACCCAGUUAAGGAGCGUCAUUUCACAUUAUUUUUUACGUACCGAGAGAUACGUAGUAAAUGUUUGCAACAUUUUAAACGCGUCGAAUAAAAGAAGCAUGUAAUCGAUCAUAGACAUAAAGCAUAGACGAUUUAGUGUGCGCGUGAAAGAGCCCAUCUUCAAAUUGAUCGCAACAUAUAUUUAUAGAAACAUAUACAUAUAGUAUAUCUUUAAUGGAUAUAUUACGUAAAUCUUGGACCUCGUGGAAUACGAUUCGUACAGAUACGAACCAUAGAAUCGCCAUAAAUAAAACGCGGGAUCGAUUCGCAGAAUCCUGUGGUAGGAAUCCGAGAUGAAGCAAUCGCAGGUACCGGAUUGCAAUGAGAGGUGUAAGCAAGGGUCGGUGAAUUUUCGCGCUUGCGCUUGAAAAUCUAGGGGGCAGCUUGUAGGGAAGGUCGUUCGCGUAUCCAGAGGGUAUAAGCGUACGAGAAUCGAACCCGCAUUCUCAGAAUAGAGAGUCGAGCCCGCGUUUUCUUCGUUCAGGUAAUCGUCGCGCGCACGAUGGCAGCUACGGAAGACAAGCCGGACAAUGAAAUUCAGGAGCAGGCUACGACGCCGACCGCUCUAACUCAGGCGCAGAAGUCUACCACGGAGGAUAAGCGGUUGGGCCUGAACGGACGGUUAGCAUUCGCCAUAGCGGCUGCUGCGCUCGGAUCAUCCUUCCAACAUGGGUACAACACUGGAGUCGUCAACGCACCUCAGCAGCUUAUCGAGGACUGGAUCAGUAACCUGAAAAUGAAUCGUACCGGUGAGCCGACGAAACAAUCGGACGUAACGAUGAUUUGGUCGAUAGCAGUGUCGAUAUUCUGCGUCGGCGGGAUGAUCGGCGGUUCUCUGGUGGGUUCAAUAGCCGAUCGUUUCGGUAGAAAGGGUGGUCUCUUACUGAACAACGUGCUGGUCCUCCUCACAGUAAUUUUCGAGGGCUGCGCCAAGUCGGCGAAGAGCUACGAGAUGAUAAUCAUCGGAAGAUUCUUAAUCGGUAUCAACGCUGGAUUGAACGCCGGUCUAGCACCCAUGUAUCUAGCCGAGAUUUCGCCCAUUCAUCUGCGAGGAGCCGUUGGUACGGUUUAUCAAUUGGUUAUCACCAUGUCUAUUCUGGUAUCGCAGAUCCUGGGACUCGAACAAGUUCUGGGCACGUCCGACCAAUGGCCCCUUCUUAUGUGCUUGACGAUCGUCCCCGCGAUCUUCCAAGUAUGUACGCUUCCGUUGUGCCCCGAGAGUCCGAAAUACUUGUUGCUCAGCAAAGGAAAGGACAUGGAAGCGCAAAGAGCUUUGUCCUGGCUACGCGGCACGAUCGAAGUUCACGACGAGAUGGACGAAAUGAGGGCGGAGUACGAGUCGGUGAAGAUGGUGCCAAAGGUCACGCUGAAAGAAUUGUUCGUAAAUUCUGCACUUAGGAUCCCACUGUUCAUCGCGAUUAUGGUGAUGUUUGCGCAACAAUUGUCCGGCAUAAACGCCGUCAUGUUCUUCUCGACGAAGAUCUUUACGAUGGCGCAGUUGGACAAGAACGCGGCACAGAAUGCGACGAUGGGCGUCGGUGCGAUGAACGUUAUCAUGACUUUCAUCUCGUUGAUACUGGUCGAGAAAGCCGGAAGGAAAACGCUGCUUAUGAUCGGUUUCACCGGAAUGUUCAUCGAUACCGCUUUGUUGGCGAUUUGCCUCGCGUUCGCUGAUUCGUCUCGCGCGGCAGCUUACCUUUCGAUCGUGUUGGUGAUCAUGUUCGUAGUCCUGUUCGCUACCGGACCGGGAAGUAUUCCUUGGUUCUUGGUGUCGGAACUGUUCAAUCAGUCGGCGAGACCCGCGGCGACGUCCGUCGCCAUCGCGGUUAAUUGGACGGCGAAUUUCAUCGUCAGUAUCGGGUUCCUACCGAUGCAGGAGGCGUUAGGUGCUUACGUAUUCAUUAUUUUCGCCGCGCUGCAAGCAUUCUUCUGCUUCUUCAUUUACAAGAAAGUGCCCGAAACGAAGAACAAGACGAUGGAGGAGAUCAGUAGCAUGUUCCGGCAAAUAUCCUACCAGUAAGAGGCUCGUGCGUGUUGCCGUUGCGCUUCGGAAAUCGAAUUAUGCAACUACUUGUUUCGAGAGGAACGUUUUCGCCGUCGUCGUCGUCGUCGUCUUCGCCGCCGCCGUCGUCGUCGUAGACUGUAGACUGUAGACUGUAGACUGUAGGCUGUAGGCUGUAGGCUGUAGGCUGUAGGCUGUAGGCUGUAGGCUGUAGACGAAUGAAUCGAGCGCAGAUGCGAAUUUCUUGGAGGAAUCCGUGAUUUCACUGCAACAGGAGUGUGUAGCAACGUCUAUUACAAUUCACGCAUUGCCAUUACGCGUUUUAGUAAGAAAUUCCGAGUAUUAAAUGAACUUUUAGAUGAAACAUUGGUUAACAAACGAUCUAACGAUUUCUAUUUUUAAUACUUUGACGAAUCGAACGGGUUAACGCAAUUAUUCUCUCUAUAUCGUAGAUGCUGUCAAGAUGCGCGCAUACUUUUCAAGGAGUUUGAUUUUUAAGUAAACUUAAAUCUAGUUCCUAUUUGUUACCGGCACAGUGAACUUAUCGUGACAGACAGGGAAUAUAUACAUAUACAGGGUCACGAACAACAGACUCUCUCACUGUUGCGCGUUACGCUAUUUUCUUUUUUAUUAGUCGAGCGAGUGUACUCUCGUCGUUUCCCUUGAAAACUUCUCGUUUCGUUGACAUUGUACGCUUUCGAUGGAGUCAUUCGGAAACCGCAUACCUUUAGGUCUAGAAGAUUAAACACAGCUCAACUUUACAAAGACGAACGCUUAAUAAAGUUGUAUACAUAUGUAUAUACAUUCAGAAAUAAUAUUAUACGUAUAUACA